CAAUGAAGGCAAUUUUCCUUGUGUCCUUGGUGUUGAUCACAUAUGGAGUACAAAUGGUGCUGUCUGACUCUGAGAAUGGAUCUUCGUUACCAGACCUAACAAGCAAUGGAUGGGCUUUAGGUGUUUGUACGGUGGCUGUUAUAAUAUUUGGAUGGCUCUGGUGUCGCUUUACAGAUGAGCCAACUGUUGAAAUAGAAAAUAGAUACUACACUGUUAAAGUAGGACAGCAAGCAGAAUUGAGGUGUUCAGUGUUAGGUGCAUUUCCGUUCAUUAAAUCUGUUACCUGGGAACAUACAUCACCUGGCGGACGACCCGUACAGCUUGAUUUAGAUCUGCCUGAGUAUACAAGAUCUAAACCAGAUCACCUUAUAAUCAACAAAACAGUAAAAUCUGACGAAGGGGAAUAUGUGUGUACUGUCUCCAGUUGGUACGGGAAACGACGGAGUACAACAACUAAACUGACCCUGAUAGAAGCAUCAACGCCCUCUUGCGUCUACAAACCUGCUACUACAGCCAAAUACCCUUCGACCAAAGAAACCACCAACUAUGCCCGUAUCUGCAGACUGGUGGUGGAUGUGAUCCCUGACGUCUUCAGACAGUUACUGAUCGCCCGGCUGCCAGUAUCAGGAAUUGCAUCUGUACUGACCAGUCAGAGGGGAAAGAUCUUCAAGCUGUUGAACAAUCAGCAGAAGAAGAUUAUUUACCCUCCAGGUGGAAUGUUUCAAGGAACUGCGAAGGAUUUUGACAUACCCCUUCUUUAUAUCCUUUUAAGAAAUUUAGGAAAUAUUCAACCUCAUCGAAAAGGUUGGGGGCAGGUUCCUGAUAAAGCAGAUCGGUCGCUGUCAGCCAACAUUGAACGCCUUCGAAUUCAGAGAAAUGAGGCAUAUGGACAUGCAAAGUCCGCCUCUCUCUCUGAUGUUGAUUUUCAGGCGAAUUGGACUGACAUCCGCCAGAGUAUUGAAGAUCUACAGAAUGGUUGUCAUAUCACGGGGACGUUUGUAGCGGAUGUGAAUAUCAUAGAAACUAUGAGGAUGGACCCCAGUACAGACAGCAAUUUUUUAGCUCUGGUAAAGGAGAUGGAAGGGGAAAUUGGUGACAUCAAAGAUCAGAUUACAAAAGAUAGGGAGAAACUAAGAGGCACUGUUGCUGCUGUGAAUGAAGAUGUUAAUGCUGUGAAGGAGGAUGUCAGCGCCAUGAAACAAUCUUCAUCCACAAAUGGAGGAAGGAAUCCUAAGUUGAGAGCUGUGAUAGAAACAACAAGAUUAACAACCGAUGUUCAAACCUUAAAACCAGAGGUGAUCUCUAUACAAGCUUUGGAAGACGCUAAAGAAAUGAUCAGAAAGAACAACAUUGUCCUCAUCAAGGGUGCCUCAGGGGAUGGGAAGACUUUGAUGGGUUACCAACUGUUAAAGUGGCUAAUGGACGGCGAUAAUAAGGAUACCAGACUGUCAAAGGAUCCUGUCCAGCUUUACAGCAUGGCCAAAUGGGAUAAAAUUGUUGAGCCAAACACACAAUUAGCUGUAUAUAUUGAUGAUGUUAGUGGGGAAAUCGCUGAAGAUUUAAAGAAAAGGGAAAUCUCCAUUAAGUCAACAUUUCGUGGGAAACUCAAUAAUAGAUCCAAUUGUUUGAUACUAAAUGUUCGAGAUGAGAUUUUCAAAAGCACACAAUUACAUUCAUGUGAAUUAUUCAACCAAAAAACCAUUGAUUUGAGAGGUAAAAACUGCAUAAAAACCACAGAAAAACAACGCAUUUUAGAAAGUUAUGUCCCAGAAAUUAAAAACUUAUCUGAUGGAAAGGAAUCUGAAAUCAUCAAGCUUGCCCCAGAUAUAGGAUUUCCGCAGUGUUGUCAUCUUUUUAAGUAUGUUCCUGGCUUAAAAAAACAGGGGAUUAAUUUCUUCAAACAACCAUUUCUUUUCAUGAAAACAACUUUGAACAAUUUACCAAAGAAGCACUUUUCAGCUCUUCUGUUUCUCUUUCUCAAUGAUGGGACGGUUAAGAAAGGGGAUUUAGAUCCUAAAAACAGUGAAAGUGUUGACAAGAAAAAGCUUGAUGAAGCUUUCCAGGGAAAUCAACUUGAUCAUGCAGACAAAAUUAGAUCUCUGCGGGAAAGUUUAGAAAUGUUUGAAUAUCUGGUUGCAAAAAGAAAAUAUCAUCCUUUUUAUGAUGAUAAUUAUGAUGAUGAUGAUGAUGAUGAUGAUGAUUCAAUUUACAAAUUUUGUCAUGAUUCUGUUCAGGACACUGUUGCCCUUUUGUAUGGCAAGAACACAAAAAUUGGGUUUAUAGAAAAUUGUCCCCGAAAGUUCCUCCACUAUAUAUCAACAUCAAAAUCCACAGCUAACAAAAUAGUUAUAUCAUCUAGUAGUAAAGACAAAUAUAAACGUUUGGUCAGAAAGUGUAUGUAUGAACGUUUGGCCAGAGAGUGUAAAUCUGAUGUCAGACAGGACAGGGAUGAAUUGUAUAAACUUUUAUUCACAGUGUGUGAAUCUGAUGCCCAUAGACUAUCUGACUGUAUAGUUAGAUUAGACGUAUGGACAGACACCCUGUUUCUACGGGGAUUUUUUAGUUUGCUAAGUGGUCAGAAGGAUGACAAUAACUUAUGCCACCUGAUAAAAUGUGCGUUGUUGAAUGGAGCAUGCUCUAUUGGUUUAGAAGAUUGUGUCUCAUGUCUCCUUUCUGUGGGUGUCACACCUGACAAUGAUACACCGUUUUGUGUAGUGGAGGGUGGGAGUGUACAACUACUGCGUCAACUACUGAAAUAUGACGUCAUUCCUACAGCGAGGGCACGCAGGUCACGAUCAUCACAUGAUUAUGCUGGGAAUAUCAAUGUCCUACACGAGGUGUGUUUGUUUGAGAGAGAAGAGAUGGUGACAAUGUUGUAUAACAAAUAUCCACAAUUGGUACAUGAGACUGAUAAAUGGAGACAGAGCACGCUCCAUUUUGUGGCACGGACAGGAAACUGUGGUAUAUUUCAGACAGUGGAGAGAAUGGUACUUAAAUCCUUGUGUAGAGUUGAGAAUGUACAACAUAAGUGUGAGUCAGAAGAUGGUCGUGUGGUACAUAGGAGUUGUGCGUGUGGACAGUACAUGUCACAGUUAGUGGACAAGUCAAGAUGGACAGUGUUACAUUGUAGUUGUUGGAUGGGACACAGGGAGCUUAGUUUAUACCUGUGUAAGUUGUAUCCAGCACUGACUACAGCUGUAGGUAACGGCAGGCAGACAAUAUUACAUUGUAUUUGUAUAAGUGGACACAGGGAGCUUAGUUUAGAGCUGUGUAAGUUGUAUCCAGCACUUACUGCAGCUGUAACUAACAAGGGGCAGACAAUAUUACAUUGUAGUUGUGAGAGGGGACACAGGGAGCUUAGUUUAGAGCUGUGUAAGUUGUAUCCAGCACUAAUUACAGCUAUAGAUAACGACGGGUGGACAAUAUUACAUUGUAGUUGUGAGAGGGGAUUCAGGGAGCUUAGUUUAGAGCUGUGUAAGUUGUAUCCAGCACUAACUACAGCUGUAGAUAACCGUGGGUACCAUUGUCUACAUCACAUAGCCAGAAAGACAUCAGAUGUAUACUGGUUCACUGAGUGUGAACGUCAUGUAAAACAGUACGUAGAGACAACAGGAGGUAAGUAUGACAUCACAACCAUAAUUACUAAUGACGAGGAAUCUAUUUUAGACCUGGCAAAGAUACGCGCAUCGAUGAUGAGGGGGUUGUGGAAGUUAGAUAACCCUUUGUACGAUCAUCUUGUUAAAGUUUUUCCUAAAAAAGAAACAAAUAUUUAUACUUCUGUACACUAACUUGUGUAACAUGAUGACGAACACUGAGGAAACCUUUUCUAGGACCAUCUUGUCAAGUUUAUUUGUAAAUAAAAGUACUUAGAAAUAGUCACACUUACUUCUUUACCUUCUGUUCAUUAACUUGUAUAACAUGGUGUAGAUUUGAACAAAGUUAAAGUUAAAGAGUAUUUACUAUAAAGAAAAGGAAAUAGUUUUUAGUACAAAUUAUUUUUGUGACCAACCAAAUUAGAAUUACAAGACUGUAGAUAUUAUUAUAGUUCACCCUACUAAAGAUAUCAUCAAAUUAAUCAUCAUCACAUCAUUUUCAGGUAUUUUACAGACUGCUAUACUUACUGUCUGUUUGAUUUAUGUACUGUUUUUAUCAUUAUUUAUUUAUCUAAUUUUUGUUGUGAAUUAAUAUGUAGACAAAAUGUAAAUACAUGUAUUAGUUUUCAGGAAUAUUUUUAUGUAUUUUUUCAAUCCUAAAAUUAUAACAACAACUAUUCGUAUUGAUAUUUCAAAGUGAUGCAAAAGGAAGAUGAUUGGUUUUCCUAACAGAAAAAAUUUGUAUGCAAUCUCAAAAUUAUUCUAAAUUAAGAAAAAUAUCCUGAAGUUUGUUUUGAGGCACUUUUGGUAUUCUAUCUUUGUUUGUAUGGGUGUCUAUAUGUAACAUACGUGCUAUGUUUAGAAAGCAUUAUACAUUUGUAGUAUUUUAUUUUUGUUUGUAUGGGUGUCCAUAUGUAACAUACAUGCUAUGUUUAGAAAGCAUUAUACAUUUAUAGUAUUUUAUUUUUGUUUAUUUGGGUGUCUAUAUGUAACAUACGUGCUAUGUUUAGAAAGCAUUAUACAUUUGUAGUAUUUGAUUUUUGUUUGUAUGUGUGUCCAUAUGUAACAUACAUAAUGAUGAUAAUGUACAUUCUAUGUUUAGAAAGCAUUAUACAUUUGUGGUAUCUUAUUUUUGUUUGUAUGGGUGUCUAUAUUUAACAUACAUGCUAUGUUCAGAAAGCAUUAUACAUUUGUGGUAUCUUAUUUUUGUUUGUAUGGGUGACUAUAUGUAACAUACAUGCUAUGUUUAGAAAGCAUUAUGCAUUUGUAGUAUCUUAUUUUUGUUUGUAUGGGUGUCUAUAUUUAACAUACAUGCUAUGUUCAGAAAGCAUUAUACAUUUGUGGUAUCUUAUUUUUGUUUGUAUGGGUGACUAUAUGUAACAUACAUGCUAUGUUUAGAAAGCAUUAUGCAUUUGUAGUAUCUUAUUUUUGUUUGUAUGGGUGUCUAUAUUUAACAUACAUGCUAUGUUUAGAAAGCAUUAUACAUUUGUGAAUUGUUUUCUAAGAGUAGCAAUAUCAAUAUUGGUGCAUAGUACUGACUUAUUUGUAUUUUUUGCUUUCCGUUAAAAUGGUUUAAAUUAAUGUAUAAUGUGUUUAAUUUUUGAAAGAUGAGUUUCUUUAGAAAUAUCCCAAGAUUUAUUUUAUGAAAUUAUUUUGGUAAUUCAUACAAAGAUUGUUUGAUUUUUGAUAAAAAUGUACCAAUGCAAUCUCAAAUAAUGUUUAGUUUAAACAUUUUAUUUGAAAUAUUCAAAGGAAGUGGACAUAAGUUAUAAGUUGUGUCCCUUUCUGUCAACAAUUAUACAUUGGUAUCAUUUGUACAAUUGGCAAUGUAUAUGAUAGACUAUCUAUAAAUAACAUUAAUAUGUUUGGGUGGAAACAUUAAUUAUCCAAACCAGUACCCACAUGUUAACUUUUAAAAUAGUACACAUACAUUGUUUUAAUUACAUUUUAGAAGUCAGUUUGCUAAAUACAAUUUAAUUAUUGAAUACUCUAGCUGUCUGUAGAAAUAUCUGAUGUAAUGUUAUAUAUACAAUUUAAAGUGUAUUGUUAUUUUAUUUUUGCUGAUACAAAUAGUUGUUAGGGUCACCUGAGACAAAGUCUCAAGUGACCUAUUCUUAUUGCCUUUUGUCCGUCGUCCGUUCGUGUACGAUUUACAAUUUCGUCUUCUUCUCAAAAACGCUUAACCGAAUUCAAUCAAAUUUAGUAGAAUUUUUUUAUGGCUAAAAGUCGACAAAACUUGUGAAUUAUAUGGUCCCCACCCCCAAGGGGCCUGAGGGGCGGGACCAAAAAGGGUCAAAUUGACUAAAACUUCAAGAAUUGUCUUGUCUACUCUCAGAUAUGGUAGAAUUCAAACACUCCACAUUAUACAUAGAUGGAAGAGUCUUAAGGUGCUUUACAAAAAUUGUAAAUUUCAUGACCCUGGGGUCACACAUUUGCCCCUACGGAGGGGGUAAACAUUACUAUGGUUUAUAUAGGGAAAUGAUGUUUUUGACUAUUAUUUCUUGGAUUUUUAUUGGAAUUUAUUAUAACUUGGUUAACAUUAUCAGCAUGUGAUGACAGUUUGAUGGUAUGCACAGGUUGGGCCUGACUCACCCCUAGGGGCUGAUUGUCGGUUCUUAAAAGCAUCAAAAUUGACCGCAAUUUCAAAAGUCUUCUCCUCAAGACCCAAGUAAUUAAGUAAUAAUCAAAUACUCUUCAUAGAUCGAAGGAUCAUAAGGUGUUUUACCAAAAUUGUGAAUUUUAUGACCCUGGGUCUCACGUUUGCGGCUGGGGAGGUGGUAAACUUUACUGUAGCUUAUAGAGAAAUCACAUUUUUGAUUAUUAUUUGAUUUCUGUUGGAAUCACAAGUUUGACUAUCAUUUGUUUGAUUUUAUUGGAAUUGAUUCUAACUUUGUCAAUAUUAUCAGCAUGGGAUGACAGCUUAAUGGUAUGCAUAUGUUAGCCCUGUCUGACCCCUUGGACUGAUGGGUGGGGCAAAAAAUGUUCAAUUAAACUAACUGAAAUAUUUCAAAUCUCAGGUGACCAAUAAGGCCCAUGGGCCUCUUGUUAUUGAGCUAUAACACAACGGAUUGUGUAUAGUAGAUCAUAUUAUAAGGAUUAACUUGAAUAUAUUUCAUGUUAUGGAGCUAUAACACAACAGAUUGUGUAUACAUGUAGUAGAUUUCAUUAUAAUGAUUGACUACACGGGUAAUAACGUGCAAAAUAACUGAGUUUUCUGUAAUUAAAUCACUUCACAGUUUAUGAAGAGAACACUGUUUUUUGUUGUUAAUGAAGUUUAUCAUCAAAUGAAGUAUUUUUGUUUAUUUUUCAAUGCGUUACAAGUUUAUUCAAAAGAAUUUUUUAAGGUCAAAGGGGUCAAAUGUAUUAAAAUCUCAUAAUUCAGUGUCACUAAUGGUAAUAUAUUUGGCCUGGAGCAAACUAGAGUGGAGGGCUACAAAUAUUGUAAAAAUGUUAACCUUGACUUUCUUUGAAGGUCACUGAAGGUGGGGUCUCCAGGGGUCAAAUUGAUGAAAGUGUCAAACCGAUACUUUAUAUUGUACGUAUUUCACCAUGUAAUGUGCUGUGUUAUUCAUUUAUUUUUAUAUAAAUGAAAUCGUGACAUUGAUGUACAGCUAUAUAUGUUAUUGAUGUGUUUACCUCCUUCUGUAUACAGAUAAUAUCUCCUGACUUUGUAUAUGAGAGAACAAAUAAAGAAUUAAAAUUGAAA